UUCAUCACUUGGCUUCCCAGCACUCAGAACCAGCAAGUUUCAAUGGCCCUUUUCCUUCCAUACAAGACAUCCACACCACAUUUUUCACUUUUCUUCUAUCUGCUGGUUCCAACUUUGUUCAUCAUCACCUUGUUGCCUUCACCAUCUUCUGCUUCUGCAGCCACCACCAUUUCCAAAUCCAAUGAGACCGAUCGGCUCACCUUACUUGCCAUUAAAGCUCAGAUCAUCAAAGACCCAAAUGGCAUUUUGAGCUCAUGGAAUGACUCUCUCCAUUUCUGCAACUGGACAGGUGUCACUUGUGGUCUUCGUCACCAAAGAGUCAUGACCUUAAACUUGAGCUCAUAUCAGUUGAUCGGCUCACUAUCUCCUCAUAUAGGAAACCUCACUUUCCUUUCUGGCCUCAACCUUGAACUCAACAAUUUCCACAGUAGUCUCCCACCAGAAAUUGGCCAUUUAUUCAGGCUCAAAUACCUUAACCUCUCCAACAAUUCAUUUUCUGGGGAAAUCCCAUCAACUCUCUCCAAUUGUUCUAGACUAAUCUGGCUUCGUUUAGGCUUCAACAAGUUGAUUGGGAAAAUCCCAUUUGAAUUAGGCUCAUUGCAAAAGCUAGAGAGAACUCAACUUCAUUAUAACAACCUCAGUGGACCGCUUCCAAGCUCUAUAGGCAACCUGUCCUCAGUUAGAUCACUGUCUCUGGCAGUAAACAACUUGGAAGGAAAGAUACCGGAUUCACUAGGCCGCUUGAAGAAUUUGGAAUUCCUUGGAUUUGGGGUUAAUCAAUUUUCUGGUAUGGUCCCAUCCUCAGUUUAUAACCUUUCUUCUCUUACAAGGCUUAGUUUACCAUACAAUCAGCUAGAGGGGAACCUGCCUUCAGACUUGGGUGCCACUCUUCCUAACUUGCUAGUCUUAAACUUGGGCCUCAAUCUUUUCACUGGAACCUUACCAGUAUCACUAUCCAAUGCCACAAAUCUUCUUGAAUUUGAUGUGAAUGGAAGCAAUUUCACUGGAAACAUUGCAAUUGAUUUUGGAGGCUUAACUAGUUUAUGGUGGUUGGUUCUUGCUUCGAAUUCCUUGGGCACAGGACAAGCAAAUGACUUGAGUUUCUUCAACUCUUUAAGCAAAUGCAGGAACUUACAAAUUCUUGAUUUAAGCGAUAAUCAAUUUGGAGGGGUGUUGCCAGAUUCCAUGUCCAACCUCUCAAACCAACUUGUGUCACUGAGGCUGGGAAGAAAUCAGUUAUCUGGGAGCUUCCCUUCUGGAGUAUUUGUGAACCUUGUUAAUCUGACUGAACUGAUGAUGGAGAAAAAUAAUUUCAGCAAUGGAAUUCCUCCCAUUAUUGGUAACCUCUGGAUGCUGCGGCGACUGGAUUUAUCUGGAAAUGAGUUUUCUGGCCAAAUUCCAUCAAACAUAGCCAAUAUGAGUCAAUUGUAUGCUCUCUAUCUUCAAAGUAAUCACCUCACAGGUCCUAUUCCUUCAAGUUUCGGAAACCUUUCAAACUUGCAAGAGCUAGAUCUUUCUCAGAAUUAUCUCAAUGGAACCAUACCAGAAAAGGUUACGAGUCUUUCUUCUCUGACCAUUUCCCUAAACCUUUCUCAUAACCAAUUCACUGGUUCCUUGCCCUCAAAAGUUGGAGACUUGAAAAAUCUAUGCAACUUGGAUCUUUCUGAGAAUAAAUUGUCAGGAGAAAUUCCUAGUAGCCUUGGUAGUUGUGUAGCCUUAGAACACCUUCACUUGGAAGGUAACUACUUUGAAGGAAUCAUUCCUUCAUCUUUUAGAUCCUUGAGAGGUCUUCAAGACUUGAAUCUCGCACACAACAACUUAUCUGGUCAAAUUCCUGAAUUUUUUCAGCUAAUUUCCCUUGUGAACUUAAAUCUUUCCUUCAACAAUUUUGAGGGUCAAGUGCCAACAGGAGGAGUUUUCAAAAAUGCAACUGUCAUUUCAAUAGCAGGAAACGAAAAGCUUUGUGGAGGCAUACCUGAGUUGCACUUGUCUGUUUGCCCUGCUGCUAAGCCAAGGAAAAGAAAAAUGUCUCGAGGACUGAGAAUCAUGAUCUUACUGCUUUCUGGACUUUCGGGGUUAGUUUUGAUCGUGUCUCUUCUAGUCAUUUAUUGGUUAAGGAAGGUAAAAACACCACCCUCUACAGAUGCUUCACCAACUAAGGAAUUGCAUCUGAAGAUAUCCUAUGAAAAUCUCCUUCAAGCUACUGGGGGAUUUUCUCCUGCCAACCUAAUCGGUUCUGGUGGCUUUGGUUCUGUCUACAAAGGAAAUCUUGAAGAAAUAGUUGUCGCAGUAAAGGUACUCUACUUGCAUCGACCAGGUGCUCUAAAAAGUUUCUUAGCUGAAUGUGAAGUCUUGAGAAGUAUUCGGCACCGGAAUCUUGUGAAAGUUUUAACUGCCUGCUCAAGCGUUGAUUUUCAAGGUAACGAGUUUAAAGCUCUUGUCUAUGAGUAUAUGCCGAACGGGAGUCUGGAGAGUUGGCUACAUCCACUUUCAGAAGCUGAUGCCUUAAACGGUGACCUGAGGAUGCUUAGUCUUCAACAAAGAUUGAACAUUGCCAUUGAUGUGGCAUCAGCUCUGGAUUAUCUUCAUCACCAUUGCGAAGAUCAAAUUGUUCACUGUGAUCUGAAGCCGAGCAAUAUCCUACUUGACAAUAAUAUGACUGCACAUGUGGGUGAUUUUGGGUUGGCCAGGUUCAUUCCAGAAGCUUCAAGUAGAUCUCCUAUCAAUCAAAGCAGCUCAGUAGGACUGAAGGGAACUGUUGGCUAUGCUGCACCAGAGUAUGGCAUGGGAAGCAAGGUCACAACUUAUGGUGAUGUGUACAGCUUUGGGAUACUCUUGUUAGAAAUGUUUACAGGGAAGAAGCCCACUGAUGACAUGUUUAAAGAUGGACUGCAGCUCCAUAAAUUUGUUAACAAUGCAUUGCCUGAACACAUAUCAGACGUUCUAGAACCAUUGUUUGUAGAAGGAUGGGAAGGAGAAGAGGAUGACUUUACUAGCGAAGAAAAAUGCAUCGUGGGGCUGAGAAAAAAUGGCCUAAACCAAGAGUGCCUGAUUGCAAUACUCAGAAUUGGAGUUGCUUGUUCAGUGGAAUCACCUAGAGGGAGAAUGGAUAUCAGUCAUGCUGUUAAGGAGUUACAGAGUGUCAGAGACACUCUUGUUGGAUCAGGAGUGGACUGA